CCUUCCCAUCCUCACACCAAACCGCAACCAUUCUCUCUUAAUUAUUCAAUUCUAUUCCAACACUACUCGCCGGAGACUCACCGGAAACUCAUUUAAAUGGGGAGCAGAGCAGCCGCCUUUAGCAACAACAACGAUGAACUGAUAGACAACCUUAACGACACAGAACUGAGGUUGGGUUUGCCGGGAAGAGACGACGAAAAACCUCAGGGAGAAUCUUCCCAAGAAUCAAGAAACCAAAAAAAGAGGUCUUUUUCUGACUUUGCCGUCUCAGAAGCAGAGUUAGCUGCGCCUCCCGCUCCCAAGGCGCAAGUCGUGGGGUGGCCGCCGGUUCGCGGCUACCGGAAGAACCUCAUGGCGGAGAAGGAGGUGGCCGCCGGCGGCGGCGGGGUUUACGUGAAAGUGAGCAUGGCCGGAGCUCCGUACCUGAGAAAGAUGGAUCUGAAGGUGUACGGGAGCUACCCGGAUUUGGUGAAGGGUUUGGAGGAGAUGUUCAGAUGCAGUAUUUGCUUGUACGGCGAGAGGGAAGGCGGGUACAUUAACUUCAUUCAGGGCCCCGACGACUACACUCCGACGUACGAGGACAAGGACGGCGACUGGAUGCUCGCCGGCGACGUGCCGUGGGAGAUGUUCGUUAACAACUGCAAGCGGCUCAGAGUCGUUAACCUCAAUGAUCUGAAGCUAUAGGCUUUGUUUGUUUGAUUUACUGUAAUUAAUUAAUUUUCACACCGCAAUUUUCCACUAGUAGUAAUUUGUAUAGAUUGAGUUGUGUCACUUGUGUGUAUUAUUGCCGCAUCGAUGAUGUUGGUAAAUUAAUUAAAGUUGAAAAAAAUGAAUUUUUGCAAGAGAAAUUUACCUAAAUUGGACUAAAACAUAAUGACUUUCCCAAUAUAAGACUAUAUGUUUU